UUUCAAAAUAUUGAAAAUAAAACAAGACGAAAGCCUAGAAAAGAGCCUAGAAAGUAUGGCUUGAGAAAUCAGAUCUUGAAAUUUAACGAACAAUCUCUUGAGAAAGCAAAUUGGCCAAGUCCUAGAAACAUCAGUGAACCGAGCAAGCAGGGAACUUGUUCCCAGUCCUGGUUUGAGUUUACAGAGCAACCUCUGCCCUAGCUGCAGCGUUGAGCCCUUCCAUGCUGUGUUAAUCUUUGACCUCCUUUCCCACUGCUGCCUUCCCUCCAGCAUCCUCUGCAGCCCACAGCCAUGGGUCAGUCUUCUUCUGUGCCCGACGAAAAGGCCCACAACUUGGCCUCCAGUUUUAAUUCAUUCUUCAAGACUUUCAAGAUGGAAAGUCAAGUCAUUUCCGAGGAGACCAUCAGUUCAAUCCAGUUGCUUGUUCAGGAAGGGGACAUGGAGAAGACGAUUUCCGUGAUCAACGCUGCCUUGACAGACAUUGCGAAUGCCCCCCUGAGCAUCGCAGUGACAGGGGAGACUGGGGCAGGAAAGUCCACUUUCAUCAAUGCCCUGCGGGGAGUAGGGCAUGAGGAGGAGGACGCAGCUAUGAGCGGAGUAGUGGAGACGACCAUGAAGAGAAAGAAAUAUGUCCACCCUAAGUUUCCUAACGUGGCCCUUUGGGAUCUCCCUGGGGUCGGAUCAUGUAACUUCAAGCCAAAAGACUAUCUGAAGAAAAUGGAGUUUCAGGAGUAUGACUUCUUUCUUAUCAUCUCAUCUACUCGCUUUAAAGAGAACGAUGCCCAGUUGGCCAAAGCCAUUGGAAAAAUGAAGAAGAAGUUUUAUUUUGUUCGAACGAAAAUUGACAGUGAUUUGUAUAAUCAGAAAAGGUGUGCACCCACGACCUACAAUAAGGAAACUAUCCUGCAGGCUAUCCGGAAAGACUGCGAGGAAAAGCUCCAGAUCGCCAAGGUAGACUCCGCUCGGGUCUUCCUGGUCUCUAGUGUUGAGGUAGCGCAGUUUGAUUUUCCUCACCUGGAGUCCACCCUUUUGAAAGAGCUGCCUGCACACAAACGGUACGUCUUCCUGCAGUGCCUCCCCACCGUUACGGAGACUGCUAUUGACCGCAGGAAAGAUUGCCUAAGACAGAAGAUCUGGCUGGAUGCUCUGAAGGCUGGAGCGUCGGCCACCGUCCCUAUGAUGUCUUUCUUCAAGGACGACAUCGAGGAGCUGGAGAAAACCCUGACCUAUUACAGGUCUUGCUUUGGGCUGGAGGACACGUCACUGGAAAACAUGGCCAGGGAAUGGUCCCUCUCUGUGGAGGAGCUCAAAUCCACCAUUAGGUCACCCCAUUUGUUGUCAGCUGAGGCAGAUGAGUCUGUGGGAGACAAGUUGGUGAAAUACAUGGAGAAGGUUUUUGCUGUCACCGGCGGGUUCAUAGCCACUGGCCUUUUCUUUAGAAAGAGUUACUACAUGCAAAAUUACUUUCUUGACAUAGUGGCAGAUGAUGCCAGAGUUCUACUCCAGAAAAGUCUUUCUGAGGGGCAGUGUGGACUCUGAG